AUGUUUACGACCAACUUAGAGGCACUUAAGACCUACAAUGAAGGAGCUUAUCACUCUCUGCAGUCUACUGUACCGGUGACAUGGUCCAGUGCAUUCUUCAAGCUUGGAUCAUGCUGCAAUGACAACCUAAACAACCUGUCAGAAUCAUUCAAUAGAAGUGUUAGGGAGUCUAGAAGGAAACCUCUUCUUGAUAUGCUGACAGAUGUUAGGAGAAAGACCAUGGUGAGAAACACAAAGAGAACCAUUUUGACCAACAUGUGGAAUAAACGGUUCACGCCAAGAGAAGAUAAGGAGAUUGAGCUUAACCGGCAAAGAGCUAAGGAUUGCAUUAGAUAUAUGACCACUGGACAGGUGCAUGAGAUUGAGUAUCACAAUGAUGCAGACACCAACAACAUGGCUGAGAAAACAUGCAGUUGUGGCAACUGGAAGUUGAAAGGUUUGCCUUGUAUGCAUGCUAUGUGUGUCAUCACAAACACAAGAUUAGAUCUUAAUGAUUAUGUCUCUGAUUUCUACUUGACUUCAAAAUGGCGCCAGCUAUAUGCAGAAGGUAUGAAGCCAGUUAAAGGGAUGCAAUCGUGGCCAAGAUUAGGUCGGCUCCCUAUUCUUCCACCACCCUCACGCUUCAACUGUGGGAGACCUAACGAUCAUUCUAGAAAGAAAGCUCAUCAUGAGUCUUCUUCUAAUCCACACAAGCUUACCCGCCAUGGUCGAGUUCAUACUUUCUCAAACUGUAGGAAGGAAGGCUAUAACAAGACUAUGUGUCCUAAUCCAGCCGCAGCUCCUCCACCAAAACGUCCUAGAGGUCGCCCACGGAAAGAACAGGGAUGGUCUUCAAACUUGCAGCCAGGAGCUACUCAAGGAUCAUCACAAAUUCCCCCUUCUCAAUCAUCACAAGGAGCAUCACAAGAAGUGUUUGGGUUCUCUACAUAA